AUGCUGUACUUAGUAGGCCUGGGUUUAGGCUCCUUCUCAGAUUUGACAAUGAAGGGUUAUGAUGUACUCAAAAAGUGUGAUUAUGUGUAUCUUGAUAGUUACACUUCCAUAUUCUCUGAGGAAGAGUUAAAGGCAUUGGAUAUCAAUGGAAAAUGCAUACUUCCAGCCGAUCGGGAAUUCGUGGAGCAAAGCAAUGAAAUUAUAGAUCGAGCGAAGAACCAUGACGUCGCGUUUCUUGUAGUAGGUGAUCCUUUAGGAGCAACUACACAUAGUGAUAUUAUAUUGAGGGCUGUAGAAAAAAAUAUAUCUUACCAAAUUAUUCACAAUGCGUCAGUUAUAACUGCAGUCGGUUGUUGUGGCUUGCAGCUCUAUAACUUUGGUGCAACUGUAUCAAUCCCUUUGUGGGAUGAAUUUGGUCAUCCGGAAAGCUUUUAUGACAGAGUAAUAAUGAAUAUGAAAAGCGGAUUUCAUACACUAUGUUUGCUGGAUAUCAAGGUAAAGGAGCGUUCUUUGGAAAACAUCCUACGUGACCGCAAAGUAUACGAACCCUCCCGCUUUAUGUCCUGCUAUGAAGCUGUACACCAAAUAGUGGACGUCAGUAAUAGAAAAGCAGAUGAUCAGCGGAGCAAAGGAAAUACAGCUGUUAUGAAGUCCUGUAUUGUAAUUUGCUUAUCCGAUUAG